GACCCUGACAUUUUAACCCUUCCAGCACCCCUCCCAAAAAAAAUCCCAUCUUCUGCAGACCGGAGACGCAUUGAGGACUUCAGCUCCCAGCAUCCCUUGCAGCUCUGGUGUGAUAAAGCUGCAGUAGCACCAGCAGCAAGACCAUCUGGGAGUUGUAGUCCUAAGCUUUUAACUAGCUGCUGGGGGCACGGAGGUGGGAGGGGGCUGCUGGACCUCACCGGGGUCAUCUGGGGUCGCGCAGCUACUUCGAGUGGGGCAAGAUGCAAAGCUUGAGCUAAAUUUUCCCCUCCCGGUUUGGGUCCCUAGAUCAGUCACCAGCCCCGCUUCUUGCCACCUGGCAAGCGUGGGGACCGGUCCGCAGCGGCUAGGCUCGUCCACCCUGCAACCCCCAUGGGCUACCGCCCCCCGCCGCCUCGGCUGCCACCCAGGACAAGGCAGGGGUAAGCACAGGUGAGUCUGACCCUGGCCGAAUGGCGGUCUUCCUUAGCAGCCCCCCUUCUGACUGUCUGGCCCUCGUUCUUUCCCUCCGGGGAGCCCUCAUUACCACUGAUGUCUAAUGUCUAGCUCCAAACCUUGUGUCACUCCCUCCUCUCCCACCUCCACCUCUCUCUCCUGUUCUCCCUUUUUUUUUUUUUUCUGACCAUGCGUCUGUCUGUCUGUGUUCCCAACUCUCUUGCCUUGUAUCUCAGGUCUCCAGCCAUUGUCUGGUUGUCCAACCUGGAAUUCAGCAUCCUCUCUCUCUCUCUCUCUCUCUCUCUCUUCUGAUCUACCUGUCUCUCUUUGGAAGGUAUUUCUGCCCACACCCCUGCCUUCCUUGCUUCACUUCUCUUGUGUGUGUGUAUCAUCAUGUCUUGGAUAUAAUGAAGUACACGCUGUUCCUCAGCCUCUCCGUCCUGAACCUCUAUACUCUGCAUUCUGUGUGUCUUUCCCUGGCGACCCGACUUCACUUGCUCCUCUCUCUUAUCUCCAUCUGUCCUCUUAGCUCCCCUCCUCUCAACUUGGGGUUUCUGCCCCACACCUGACUCUCCUUCCCCUGACCCUCCAGCAGCUUUCCACCCUAAGCCUCCCACCAGUGAUGUUCCAGUUGCCCAAAAUGCUUUUACCUGCCACAGCCUGGCUGCUUACUAUUGAUGGCUGCCUCCAACCUUCCACUUUGGGUGUCAGAGUACCUGCCCUGACUUUCAAUCUGUGGCCCCCUGGGGGCACAUUCCUUCAGUUUGAGAGUGCCCUGCCUCUUGGUGUGGCUCUGUUGAUCUGCUUGCUCCUUGACCACUCUUAUUGGAUGGUGACCCCAAGAGUGUAGGAUUACGUGGCCACGAUGUCUGGGGACUAUGAAGAUGACCUCUGUCGGCGGGCCCUCAUCCUGGUUUCAGACCUCUGUGCACGGGUCCGAGAUGCUGAUACCAACGACAGGUGUCAAGAGUUCAAUGAACUGCGGAUCAGAGGAUAUCCCCGGGGUCCCGAUGCAGACAUUUCCGUGAGCCUGCUGUCAGUCAUCGUGACAUUCUGUGGCAUCGUCCUCUUGGGUGUCUCUCUCUUCGUGUCCUGGAAGUUGUGCUGGGUGCCCUGGAGAGACAAAGGAGGCUCAGCAGUGGGUGGUGGCCCCCUACGCAAAGACUUAGCCCCUGGGGUUGGGCUGGCAGGCCUGGUAGGAGGUGGCGGGCAUCAUCUGGGAGCCAGCCUAGGUGGCCAUCCCCUGCUGGGUGGCCCACACCAUCAUGCCCACACGGCCCACCAUCCACCAUUUGUGGAGCUGCUGGAACCAGGUGGCCUUGGGGGCGCUGAGCCCCCGGAACCUUCCUACCUGGACAUGGACUCCUAUCCAGAGGCUGCUGUUGCCUCUGUGGUAGCUGCUGGGGUCAAACCAAGCCAGACAUCCCCUGAGCUGCCUUCUGAGGGUGGAACAGGCUCUGGGCUGCUCCUGCUGCCUCCCAGUGGUGGGGGCUUGCCCAGUGCCCAAUCUCAUCAGCAGGUCACAAGUCUAGCACCCACCACCAGGUACCCAGCCCUGCCUCGGCCCCUCACCCAGCAGACCCUGACCACCCAAGCAGAUCCAAGCAGUGAGGAGCGACCACCUGCACUGCCCCUACCCCUGCCAGGUGGAGAGGAAAAAGCCAAGCUCAUCGGUCAGAUCAAGCCAGAGCUGUACCAGGGCACUGGACCUGGUGGUCGGCGAGGCGGGGGCUCCGGGGAGGCAGGGGCACCCUGCGGCCGCAUCAGUUUUGCCCUCCGGUACCUCUAUGGUUCUGACCAGCUCGUGGUGCGGAUCCUACAGGCCCUGGAUCUCCCAGCAAAGGACUCCAAUGGGUUCUCAGACCCCUACGUCAAGAUCUACCUGUUGCCUGAUCGCAAAAAGAAGUUCCAGACCAAGGUGCACCGGAAGACGUUGAACCCCAUCUUCAACGAGACGUUUCAGUUCUCUGUACCCCUGGCCGAGCUGGCACAGCGCAAGCUGCACUUCAGUGUCUAUGACUUCGACCGAUUCUCGCGGCAUGAUCUCAUUGGCCAGGUGGUUUUGGACAACUUGCUGGAGCUGGCUGAACAGCCCCCUGACCGCCCACUCUGGAGGGACAUCCUGGAGGGUGGCUCGGAAAAGGCAGAUCUUGGGGAGCUCAACUUCUCGCUCUGCUACCUCCCCACGGCUGGGCGCCUCACCGUGACCAUCAUCAAAGCCUCUAACCUCAAAGCAAUGGACCUCACUGGUUUCUCAGACCCCUAUGUGAAGGCCUCUCUGAUCAGUGAGGGGCGGCGUCUGAAGAAACGGAAGACCUCCAUUAAGAAGAACACACUGAACCCCACAUACAACGAGGCCCUGGUGUUCGACGUGGCUCCCGAGAGCGUGGAGAAUGUGGGUCUCAGUAUCGCAGUGGUAGACUAUGACUGCAUCGGCCACAAUGAAGUGAUCGGGGUGUGCCGAGUGGGUCCAGAGGCUGCUGACCCACAUGGCAGAGAACACUGGGCAGAGAUGCUGGCUAACCCUCGCAAGCCUGUGGAACACUGGCAUCAGCUAGUGGAGGAGAAGACGCUGAGCAGCUUCACAAAGGGCGGCAAAGGACUGUCAGAGAAGGAGAAUUCAGAGUGAGGGUCUGGUCUAAGCCUGGGGUUGGACCAGGCACCCUCAGGACCCAUCCCUUCCUGCCCGGACUGUGAACUCAUCUCCUCGAAGCCAUAAUGUCCGAGCUGCUGGUGCGGGGCUGCCUGGACCUGCCCCUCCUUAUCAUGGAGGUGUGAGGCUAGGAGGCAGCAGGCCCAGCUCCCUGUUUCAGGGUGGGAGGUCCUCGGCCUCCAUUGUCUGUCUUCUUAUCCCCAGAGUUCUUCCUAGAGGCAAGGGGCCAUGCAUGUCUGGGGACCCCUGCCCCCACCCCUCUGUCUGUCUAUCUGUCUGUCCCUUUGCUGUUGUCUGAGUCUUGCUGUUCUGGCCUGUGUCCUCACUGUGAAUGUCGACAGACCAAUCCUUGAUGUCCCCUGAACAGACACACCCUCCAGUGUCCACCCCUUCUGUCCCUUCAUCUGCGUCUGGCCGAUCCCCCCCUCUGCCGCUGCUAUCAUCACCAGAAAUAAACACACUCUGUGAGUCUCAUUACA